GUGGCCUCCAAGGGACCUGCAAGCCUGACCUUAAAAGGAAGAUAUCAUGCCUCAACAGGAAAACUUCAAAGUGCCGGACGAAAAAGAUGUUCCAUAAAAUUAAGCAGGGCAAAUACGAAUGGCGCCUUGAAGAACUUGGCUUCCAGUGGCAGGAUAUCAAGCCGACACUCGGACGCGUCAGGCGCGUUUUGGAUAAGAAACCGGGAUCCAACAGGAGCAGGUCUGGAGACACG